AUGUCCAUAGUGGAAGGAGCAGAGCGUAGUGGGGUGUGGCCGGUCGUGGAGACGGAACGCCACCAGUAUAUGGUUCUCGACAUGCGGAGUCGAACGACGGAGCUCGACUGGGGUUCUGUCAAGUUCGACCAAGUUUCAGAAGGGGAGGGGUCUCGGAGGAUGACAUCUUCGAGGCACUUCAUGUGCAAGGUGUUUCUCGACAGCGACGCUGAAUCAUACUGCUCAAAACUGGCGGACAUGCUUACCUACAUGCGGCGGUUAGCUCUUCCACCUACCGCUCCGUCCGGACUUGCCCGACUCUCUGAGACACCGGCGAGAAGGUUGGUGGUCUCUCAAACGAAGUGCACCUGCGGGGGUGAGCUCCUUCCCGAGGCCGACGUCAAUGCGACGCUUGUGACAGAGAUACGCCAAGGCAGUGUGAUGGAUGCUCUACUGCAGGAUGUGAGGCAGGAAGCUUGGGGUGGGAUGAUUCCCACCGAGCUAUCUAUGGAUAGCUCGGAGGUUACUUCUCUUCAAAGGCCGCUUCCACUCUACCUGCUGCUGCCGCGCAUGGGCUUCCUCCCGUGCGUGGCCGAGGCCAUCUCGCACCACUUCGGCGAAGUUGCUCCCGACGCCCAGCGCACCCUGUGGCUCGAAGAGACGCGAUCCGGAGAGCCGUUGAGGUGGCAUGUCCCUACAGGAGUGUUGUUCGACCUGAUCGCGGGCGUUGGGCAAGAGGAAGGCGGGGGCGCAAAGCAUGGUGAAGAAGUACCAUGGUCGGGUCCCGGGCGUCUGGGGCUGCUGCCGUGGAGGAUUACUGUGCACUUCCAAGGGUGCCCCCGGCGACAGGUGUUUCCCCUAGAGAAGGAGGCGGACAUCCGCAGGCACUACACGAACGCGUUGAAGCAGGCCCUGUUCCUGCAAUCCGGCUCUUCCAGGGCGGGGAUGACUCUCGCGAAGGAGAACCAGAACCGCUUGUGGCAGGCGAUAAAAAGCAACGACACGAAGGUGUUUCACGAGAUGGACGCUUUAUUGGGCGGGGACAGGGGAACCGUCCGCUUGGUUCCGGUUCGGCUACUGACUGGAGGGGCUCCGCCGUCUCAGCUUCCUAUUCCCGCGCAGCGACCAGACGGCACGCCCUUCACUCUGCGGGAUUGCCUGCGCUGGUUCUGUCCAGGCGUUCCGUGGGAUGCUGAAGAGGGCGCGGAGGAGGUGCCCUUAUCGCAGCAGCAGCAGCAACAGGCAGGGAUUGCGGCAGCGCAGCCGGGGAAAGGAGACUUCGGACGGAGAGACUCCGCUGAGGAGGGAACUGUAAAUACUGUGGAUACCCAGGGAAACGCGGCGGAAAGAUCAGGGGUCGAGGAGAGGCUGGAGACCGAUACUCGAGUAAUUGGAGGACAACAAGCCGGGAUGCUCGCUGUGAGUAGUGACGAUGCAGGAGCGAUGAGUCUACCGGUGGUGUUGGUUCAGGGGGUGGAGGUUCCGCUGGAUGCUCCGAUCACGCAGCUGUGGGGCGCACUGCGGCAUCCCGACCACUUCUUGUACAUUGUAGUUCGAAAACAAGGAUGA